AGACAAUUCCUCAAAUGUCGGCUUCUUUGCGCAAAAACGACCAAAUCAUUCGAGCAUGCAUUCUCUACGAAGCACUCGAUAAGACUCGACUUUCAAAGGCCUAUGAGAACUUCUGUAGGAAGGUUGGAAAGGACGCUAUUCCACAAGAGGAGUUCGACUACUGGUACUAUCAUUUCUCCAACGUGAAUGAUAAUUUGGACCAUGAUAAAAGUCUCGAUUCAAAAUCGACUAUGUAUGCUCUCCCACUCAAUAUGAUUCAUUUCAUCGUCGACAGGGUUGAUUUCAUUGACACAUUGGCUCUCGCAAAAGUAUGCACAGGGUUCCGCGAUGUCGUGAGAAUCCCGGAAGUUGAUCUCGAGGAUUUUAACAUCAUUCACAAUUAUUCGGUUAAUGGUUCGGAUGAAAAUAAUUUUUCAAGGAUCGAGUACGACGGAUACAAAAUCACUUACCAACCGGUAAAUGGAGGAUGCAAAGUUUCCUGUGUCGAUCAGUAUGACGACACAGAGCCGAAGUUGGAACCAUCGAAUAAAUUCAUUCAAGGAGGCGAUGCCGUUCAGUUGUGCCACAAUGACUUGAAAUUGGUGUUGGAAAACCGAAGAGUGAUACUGCAGAGUCUCAUUAUCGAUUUCAGUAUCGAGGAAAAAGAUUUGUACACGAAAUGCUUCACGGAUAUCACUAAGAUGCUCAAGUCAACGAGAAGCAUUGAGGUAGAAGACUUCGAUGCACUUCAAGUAUCGAUCAGCGAUUAUGCCUCACUAUUGGAGAUCUUCCCUGCUGGAAAAUUGGAAUCACUCAAUAUCGAUCCCUACACUUUCGAUCGCGCGGAACUUGAAACCCUCGAGCAUUGUGAGCAUCUUUCAAGCAUGGACCAAUGGAAGAUGGCUGAGAGGUUUUUUGGUAGAGGCUUCAGUUUGGAUGUCCCAAUUGGAAGCUUCUUCCAUUUUAAAUUAUUCGACGUCGUGCUACGGGAGUUCACCGAAGAAGACGCUGUGAAACUUCGAGACAUGAUUGAUGAAUCUUCCGAUUUCAUAAGCGCUGAUAUCACUAGCAGAGUCAUGGACCUACCAAGUGUUGCGAAUGUUUUUGGACUUAUCUUUGUCGCUAAUGAAGAGGAAGACGAGCAAGCAUUUGAUUAUUUCACUCCAGCCAAUGCGAAGUUCACGGUUACUUUUGGAAAAAAUGAUGAGCCUGAUGAAGACGAUCCAGUUGACAAGUUCUCGAUCAAAAAACGUUCCAAUUCCGAUUAAAAUUGAAUACUAUCUUUACAUGUAAAUAUUUGUAUAUAAUUGUUUCAUUUGUGAAUGUAAUAUAUUACAAUGGCGAUUAAAAUCAAAUUUUAUCGUUAUAUGUGAAUAUUUGUAUAGAAUCAUUUUGUUUGUAGAUAAUGUAUUUAAUGUCAACCUAUAUUGAGUAUAUUGUUAUUUAGAGCCCCUUCCUUCCACUAACUCUAACUGAAAAAUCUCACAUUCCCCCGUUUAGAAGUUUUGCUCAUUCUAAUUUUCAUUUUCCAGUGUUAUAUGAUAAAUGGUUGUGCAUUGC